GUGUGUAUGCAAUAAAUGCAGAAACUUUGCACAUGCAAUGAAAGUGACAAAGCAACUGACCCUCAUUUUAAAUCGUGUCAUUUUCAAGCAUAAGGCUAAAAAAAUAGGCCUAGAGUUGAACAGGUUAACGAAUAUAUUAGUUCACACCUAUUAUCCACACAGAUUUUGUGCUGAUGGUUUUCAGAUUGGUUCACACCCAGUCAACCUCACACACAUGGUCUAGGAAGUGAAGAAAUAUUCUACAAACUUCUACUCGCUCACAAGCCAAACGCAGCCAAACGGGAGAGAACUAGGACCUUCCUUCAUCAGAAAAUCUGUCGACGCCUCGUCAUCAUGACCCCUGUAACGGCUCCUGCUGAUUCCCAGCUCUUCCGAUACUCUGCUUUUUUGAAAGGCGAGCCCAAAGCACUGGGGACUGUGCAGAUCAUGAUCGGAAACUUGACUUUCUUGCUCGGUAUUUUUUUAACCUCGUUAACUGUCACACCCAUGGUCAUCAGUGGUAUCACUCUGUGGGGAUCUCUGGUCUUCAUUAUCUCUGGUGCUUUAUCAGUUGCUACAGCCAAAAAGCAUAAUCCAUGCAUGGUGAAAGCCUCAUUGGGAAUGAACGUGUUCAGUGCUGUGGUUGCAGGUGUCUUUAUCAUUCUCCUCUCAGCAGACAUUUUAUUUUGGAUUUUCAUUUUUGACUGGUGUAAAUAUGACGAUGACCAAGAAUCCUCCUCACAUCCCGAUUACUCCUACGGAUGUCAGCGGCGCCUUCAAUCAAUGUUGUAUGGACUCUAUGGAGUGUUGUUGUUUUUCGAAGUGCUCGAGCUCAUCAUUUCUAUCUGCACUUCUGCUUUCGCCUGUAAAGCUACCUGCUGCUCCACAACUACACAGAUAUACUCACAGCAGGUGAUUACAGAGGUGAUAUAUACACAACAACAACCGAUAAAUCAACAGUUGAUCCAAACUCCUGCCUACAACCAAGUUCCACAACAAUCUCCUGUAAUCACCUACAAUGUUUAAAUGAUUAAAAAUUACGUAGUUCAGGACUUUUCUGGAACUUGCCAUAUUUUUGCAGUCAAAUCCUGCUUCCUGUUUCAUCUUUGUGUCUAAAAAUGACCUACUGUAAAAGAAAUUUCCUAUAGAAGUAAAAUGCAAGAUUUGGUACAGCGGGAGCAGCUUAACUGUUGUAUAAUCACUGACUGUAUGAUUAACAAAUAAAAAAAUAAACUUUCCGCAUGCAAUAAGGUCUAUGUUUAUCUCCUUUAACCACACACACAUCAGCAUGAGGUCUCCAGCCAUCAUGUUAAAAUAACAGUGUUGAGUUCUAGUUUCUGAUUGGUCAGAAGAUGUUGAGAGAUUUCCAAUAAUAGUGAUCUGACAGUUUAUAUUUAUACAGAUUAAAAU